CUGGAGUGAUGUUGAAUUCAGCACUUUACGAUGAAGAUGAAAGUGUCAGAUAUGAGGCUUUACUUCAAUACCAAUCCCAUCCAAAGGCAGAACUUAUAUUUCCAGCAAAAAGUGAUAGCAGUAAUGGAAAUCCAAACUCCUUGAAUCCUGAACAUCUGGGAAUAGAGGACAUCACAGUACAUCGCCGUUCACGUAGAUCAUUUUCCUCUGACACAAUGGAAUAUAGGCUGAAAUCUCCUACUGUAGAAUGGAGGAAAAUGGUAGGAUCCACUUCUAUUGGAGCAUCAUUUGGAGUGACAAUGGCCAAUCUGAUGGAUCUUAUAGAAGCUCCCUUGUGUGACAAUAUCACCAUAGACAUGCAACAGGAAGUCUAUACACGCUUACAUUUGGGUGUGGUCAAUGAAAAUGUUGAUUUCUUAUCUGGAAGGAUUUGUUUCAAGGGACAUUCACAGUACAAUAUUAACUUAUUCCAAGAAUUUGAAAUGAAAAAUGUGGCAGACAUGGCAGAAGAAUUUGAUAAGAACAUUCAGGGAAUUGUCAGUGAUCUUGUGGCUGGCAUAGAUAUGUUCAGUGUAAUAAUAGCGGGUCCUCCUACAGUGAGACAACUUGCAGCAGAAAUGUCAGAAGCUCUUGAAGACUUUCCAAGUAAAGUAUGGGAGUUACGAUACCAGGCCAGUAACACACUUACUAUUCUGGGACAGAUUGAUGAAGCAGAAUUUACUCCUGUCUUCCAUCCCUUGCAGAAUUUGAUUAAGAAAAUAACUUCUUUGUUGAAUGAUGUAAAAACAGAUGUCACCAACUUUUACAACAGGCUGUUGGAGCCAGUUACUGUGGUAAUCCCAUACAAUACCAGAAUGAUCUACCAAGGUGUUUCUGAAGUUAUUGAUGGCAUCAAGUUCUUUGUUACAGAUCCCAAAUCAUCCAUGGCUAAAAUUAACAAAGGUGUUAUGGAGAUAUCAUUUGCAGUAAAAGCUCUUACAGACACAAGAACCAAAAUACAAGAAGCAAGCUUUAAUCUGAAAGAUAGUAAACCUUACUGGUGGGAUAUUGACACAGAUUAUGAGAUAUAUGAAGCCUUUGCAGCCAACAUAACAGCAGCCAUUACAGAAAAUGGUCAGACUUGGGUUGAACCAGUGUACUUAGAGAAUGAAGAUCCAGUGGCUUUGUUUACCCAGGGUGCAACAACAGAGAGAGAGUUGAAACAAGAAAUUUUGGAUAAUUUGACAUCAAUUGACAUUUCUGGAAUGUUGGAACCUCUAAUCAACAUGGCCGAUACGUUCAUCAACAAAUCUUAUAAUAUGUUUGUGUGGAUAAAAAAAGUCAAAGAAGCUGAAGCUGUAUUGAAAGAAAGGUAUGAAUCUGGCCAAUCUGUGAUUGAUACAAUAUUUGGAGCCAAAGUUCAUGCAGAUUUUCCCAGACGUUAUCGCUUAGCAGACAACACUUGUAAAGGAUCAGGAUUUUAUCCUUCACAACUGGCAGCAGAUGGCGGCACAGAGUACUGGUCUUCUGGUGUAGAUUUAGUUUCUCUGCCUGACAGUGUUGUUGUAGCUCCAUUUGCUGGUUUAGUGAUGUUAGGGAACAGUAGCAAUGAGAUUGUGAUUCAGACUGAUGAAGGUUCCCUUAGAGAUACCACCAUCAUAAUAACUAAUGUAAAACCUAAUGGUACCAUUCUGCAUCCCUCGGACAGCCUCUACAUAGAAAAGAGGGUAGCAGCAGGAGUUCCUAUUGGAUUAACUGUAGCCUCACCAUGUAAUUCCUCCAAUCAUAUUCAUUUUGCCAUGAAGAGGGAAGGAGGUUUUAUAGAUCCAACAAGGUUUCUGAAGACCAGAAUGUUUGAGAUGCCACAGUGGGUUCAGAUCUGUGAUGACUUCAAACUGGAAUAUAAGGGAGAAACCAUUGCUGCUGGUACCAUUGUGGGUGUAGCAGGACAGAAACAGUUGGAUACCAGUCCUACACUGACCAAUAGCGUCAUCAGUCAACCAGACGACCUUGACAUGGCAGAUGACCCAAUGCUUGAUAUCCAGGAAUACAAGAACAACCAAUCUGGACUAUAUUAUAAGACACAGAGUACAGAUAUUGAAAGUUUAAAUGAGACUGGUUUAUUAAUAGCCUUGUUACAGAAGGCAGACAGUUUUGUGGAGAAGUAUUCCUUACAUCGUUUGAAGAUGGGAUCCCUGGUGGAAUAUCUGAACUUACUGAAUAUGGAGACAGAAAAACAAAACUUAGCCAAAAUCUUCACAGAGAUUAGGGAUAUAAUUAGCAGCAGAACCUGUAUGAACCCCUAUGAGAUGAGUAAUGAACAGUUACGACAGGAACUAUUUGAGCAAGGCCAGGGUACUUAUGGUUCCAGAAGAGAUAUGAUAUCAGCACUUUACAAAGCAAACAAUGAAUGUCCUUUGCUGUCUUUAGCUCUACCAGACAAUGCCUAUUGUACGUACUCAGAGGGUUGUUAUGCUGUGGAAUGCUGUAUAAAUGUCAAGAUGUCUGUAUAUCUCAAGGUCUUCAAAACGUUUAUAAGAUAUGAGCCAUGCCAGGAGAUGCUAUAUUUAGGAUUUGACAGUUUUCAGGAACAGUUUAAUUUAGGGGAGAUAUUCAAUGAAUCGGCAUAUGUAAAUGGAACAUUCGAUGGAUUUGAAGAUACAAUUAGUACAACUACUGGAAUUGUUCUACCAGGAUUGGGACCAGUACAGUUAGUUGUCAGCUACUUGGUGUUACGAACAGAAGAUGACCUGACUGUGACCUUCACCUCCUCCUUCUGUAGAACAGAUGACCCUGAGACAUGUCUGAGAAGUGUUACUGUCCUUGACCAUGCAGUGUUCCCAAUACUAGACUGUACAGAGGAGGGAUCAUACACUAUGUUUGAAGUUGAUUACUUGAAGUACUUCAGUAGAGAAGUUGUCUUAGAAAAAAUAGAGGACUCUGGGAAAAGUCUAACACAGACAGCAAUAGAUGAUGCUGUGGUUGCCAUGACUACACAGUUUGGUGUUUCCAAGAAUGAUUUGGAAGCAACUGGACCAUGUCCAAGGCCAGAGAACAUGAACCGAGGUCUCUUAGAGCAAUUAAUGGAGGCCCGUGGGCUGAAUACCUCUGGUGACCUUUCUGAACUCAUCCAAAGAUAUACAGAAGAUGAUAAAACUUGUACUACAAAUGGAGUCAACAUCACUCUUCCAGAAUCUAACAGUACCAGUCUAUAUUAUAUGAUUGAUACCAGUUGUUACAGACUGGAUGCCUGUGUUGAAGUGCCUAUUACUGGUUAUAACUUCAGUAAAUCACUCAAAGCUUACCUUGAACUGGAUCCCUGUUCACUUGUUAUGAGGGCUGGAUUUGAAACAAAACAGCAGACUUUCAUCAUGGUCAAUUAUGAAUGGGGUAAAGAUGAAAAAGUACAGUUGACUUCUGAUCUUCUAAUGAGGUUCAAAGUAGAGAAAAAUGGUGUUAAUUACAACGUACAUUUUGGGAUGAGAGUAUGUCCUGGUGGUGACUGUGUGGUUGAUGAAACAUUUAUAACCGGACUACAGAUCCCUGACCAAGAUUGUGGAGGGGCUGUAUUCCUGCCUGGUGAGGGGAGUAUAGCUGACUUUGUCCAACAGUUGGGUGGUACAAUGACUGUAGAAGGAUUUGAUGUGAUCUUAGCACAGUUUGGUGUAACUAGUGUUUUUCAGAAUGAAAUUAGUUGUGAGCUGCCAGAAAUACAAAAUUGUACACAUGACAUAGAUGAGCAAAGUUAUCUCCCCUUGGAUGUGGCUGACAUGUUGCAAUGUGAGAUGCCACAAGGCUGUGGUGGCUUAGACUGUUGUAUGGAUCUGUCAUUCCAGCUGCCACUAGGUGUCGACACUGUGACAUACUCUAACAUGACAUUUUGGUACAGAUUUGAUUCUUGUAACUUCACAAUUGAAGUCGGACUUGGAACAUUUACAUACAGAACUGUUUUAUUGGAUUAUGAAUGGGGUCAAGUUUCUUCAUUCAACAUAGGUGUAGGAACGCCUUCUCCAGUACAAAUUCAGUAA